AUGUGUAUACAUGUGCUAGACAACUUGUAUGUCAACAUGUUUAUUGGCCGACCAGCAAUAACUUUUUUGUUUACUGCUGCAGAUCCUUCGUUUACUUUGCCUGCACUAGUUUGUCUUAUAUGCUCUCCACUUGAAAGAGUACACUCAUUGGCAAGUGGUGCACUCAUUGCAUUAUUGAAGAAUUACAAGCAUAGCCCUGAUGUUAUAUGCAUGCUGCUCGACUGUCUGAGCAAACCCCCUCAGAACCCAGACAUUUGUGAUAUUGCUUAUGGGGAAGAAGGACAAAAACCUGAUAUUGAUAAAGUGCUGAAGCUGCUUCCUGAGUGGUCAAAAAUAGUAAGCUAGAGUUUCUUCCAGUUUGCU